CUGUGCCAUUUGAACCCAUAGGUGUUAACUCGCUUUUUUAGAACUUUCUAGACACCACGACUGUUGCAACUAAUACGCAGUGGUCGUGACGAGUGCUGAACUGCCGGGAAUGGGAGGAAGAAUACAAUGUGCAUGCAGGUGGAGGGGAGAGGCUCCAGCCUUUUCGUUUUUCCUGAGGCUAGCCAGUCAGAUUUGAAAAACAGGACCUUGAAGACCAUAGGUUAGAACCAGGAAAUUAGCGCAGAAGCUGCCGUGAGACUUGAUAAAGUUACUGCGAGUGCGAAUGCCCCAGAGAGCGACAGCAGGGCCUGCGAUCCAUUGAUCUGAGCGACUGGCGAGCCUGGGCAGGGGCUGGGGCAGGCGAAUCUGGCUUUGGGGGAAGAGGAAGAAAAGUCGGAUUACAAGAUCAACCACCACCACCAACAAUAAAAACCACCAGGAUAUUUUUUUGCAAAUUUCUGACGGCUUUAAAUUCAUGAAGCAAUUGUCCCCUUUUGCAAUCAGCAUUUGGAUCUCAGAAUGAGCAAGGAAAGACCCAAGAGGAAUAUCAUUCAGAAGAAAUACGACGACAGUGAUGGGAUCCCGUGGUCAGAAGAGAGAGUCGUUCGGAAAGUCCUUUAUUUGUCUCUAAAGGAAUUCAAGAAUGCACAGAAAAGGCAGCAUGGGGAAGGCAUUGCCGGGAGCCUGAAAACAGUGAAUGGGCUCCUUGGUAAUGACCAGUCUAAGGCAUUAGGACCAGCUUCAGAGCAGUCAGAGAAUGAGAAGGAUGAUGCCUCCCAAGUGUCCUCUACUAGCAACGAUGUUAGUUCUUCAGAUUUUGAAGAAGGGCCGUCGAGGAAAAGGCCCAGGCUGCAAGCACAAAGGAAGUUUGCUCAGUCUCAGCCGAACAGUCCCAGCACAACUCCAGUGAAGACAGUGGAGCCUUUGCUGCCCCCGCCAGCUACUCACAUUUCUGACCUCUCUAAAAGAAAGCCUAAGACAGAGGACUUUCUUACCUUUCUCUGCCUUCGAGGUUCUCCUGCGCUGCCCAACAGUAUGGUAUAUUUUGGAAGCUCUCAGGAUGAGGAGGAUGUCGAGGAGGAAGAUGAUGAGACAGAAGAUGUCAAAACAGCCACCAACAAUGCUUCAUCUUCGUGCCAGUCAACCCCCAGGAAAGGAAAAUCCCAUAAGCAUGUACACAACGGGCAUGUUUUCAAUGGCUCCAACAGGUCAGCACGGGAGAAGGAACCUGCUCAGAAACACAGAGGCAGAGAGGCCACGCCGGGGAAGGAGAAGCACAGUGAGCACAGGGCCGAUGGCCGGAGGGAGCAGGCUUCAGUGGCUCAGCCCACAGCCAACCCGCCUGCGGGCUCCUCGGCCAAGGGCCUCGCCGCCAGCCACCAGCCUCCCCCUUCACAUCGCUCGGCUCAGGAUUCACGGAAACAGGUGUCUAAGGUAAAUGGAGUCACUCGAAUGUCAUCUCUGGGUGCAGGUACAAACAGUGCCAAAAAGAUCCGAGAAGUCAGACCGUCACCAUCCAAAACUGUGAAGUACACUGCCACAGUGACCAAGGGGACUGUCACAUACACCAAAGCCAAGAGAGAACUGGUCAAGGAAACCAAACCCAGCCACCACAAACCCAGUUCAGCCGUCAACCACACAAUCUCAGGGAAAAGUGAAAGUAGCAAUGCAAAAACCCGCAAACAGGUGCUAUCCCUCGGGGGGGCGUCCACGUCCACCGCGCCGGCUGCCAGCGGCCUCAAGGCCAGCAGCAGGUUGAACCCAAAGUCAUGCACUAAGGAGGUGGGGGGGCGGCAGCUGAGGGAGGGGCUGCGGAAUUCCAAAAGGAGACUGGAAGAGGCACAGCAGGUGGACAAGCAGCAGUCACCCCCCAAGAAGAUGAAGGGGACAGCAGGCAUUGCUGAAGCCCCUGGCAGAAAGGCCUCGGCGGCUUCAGGAGAGAAGUCUCUGCUGAACGGACACGUGAAGAAGGAAGUGCCCGAGCGGAGUUUGGAAAGGAAUCGGCCAAAACGGGCCGCAGCUGGCAAGAACAUGCUGGGCAAACAAGCACAUGGCAAGUCAGAGGGCACCCCCUGUGAAAAUCGUUCUACCUCGCAACCCGAGUCCUCGCACAAGCCGCACGACCCGCAGGGCAAGCCAGAGAAGGGGAGCGGCAAGUCUGGGUGGGCAGCGAUGGACGAGAUCCCUGUCCUCAGGCCCUCCGCCAAGGAGUUCCACGACCCGCUCAUCUACAUCGAGUCAGUCCGUGCUCAGGUGGAGAAGUACGGGAUGUGUCGCGUGAUCCCCCCUCCAGACUGGCGGCCAGAGUGCAAGCUCAACGACGAGAUGCGCUUUGUCACGCAGAUCCAGCACAUCCACAAGCUGGGCCGGCGCUGGGGCCCCAAUGUACAGCGGCUUGCCUGUAUAAAGAAGCACCUCAGAUCUCAGGGCAUCACCAUGGAUGAACUCCCCCUCAUAGGAGGCUGUGAGCUCGACCUGGCCUGCUUUUUCCGGCUGAUUAAUGAGAUGGGCGGCAUGCAGCAAGUGACUGACCUCAAAAAAUGGAACAAACUAGCAGACAUGCUGCGCAUCCCCAAAACUGCCCAGGACCGGCUGGCCAAGCUGCAGGAGGCCUACUGCCAGUACCUGCUUUCCUAUGACUCCUUGUCCCCCGAGGAGCACCGACGACUGGAGAAGGAGGUGCUGAUGGAGAAGGAGAUCCUAGAAAAGCGCAAAGGGCCAUUAGAGGGGCACACAGAGAACGACCACCACAAGUUCCACUCCCUGCCCCGCUUUGAGCCCAAGAAUGGGCUCAUCCAUGGUGUUACACCCAGGAAUGGCUUCCGUAGCAAGCUCAAGGAGGUGGGCCGGGCACCGCUUAAGACAGGCCGGCGGCGACUGUUCGCUCAGGAAAAAGAAGUGGUCAAAGAGGAAGAAGAAGACAAAGGUGUCCUCGAUGACUUCUACAAGUGCAUCUACAAGGGAAGAUCUGUUUCUCUAACAACUUUUUAUCGAACAGCAAGAAACAUCAUGAACAUGUGCUUCAGCAAGGAGCCCGCACCAGCAGAGAUCGAGCAAGAGUACUGGAGGUUAGUGGAAGAGAAGGACUGUCAUGUGGCCGUUCACUGUGGAAAGGUGGACACUAAUACCCAUGGCAGCGGGUUCCCGGUGGGGAAAUCAGAACCCUUUUCAAGGCAUGGAUGGAACCUCACUGUUCUCCCCAAUAACACAGGGUCCAUCCUGCGUCACCUUGGUGCUGUGCCUGGAGUGACUAUUCCCUGGCUAAAUAUUGGCAUGGUCUUUUCUACCUCAUGCUGGUCUCGAGACCAAAAUCACCUUCCAUAUAUCGACUACUUACACACUGGUGCUGACUGCAUUUGGUAUUGCAUUCCUGCUGAGGAGGAGAACAAGCUGGAAGAUGUGGUCCACACCCUGCUGCAGGGCAAUGGUACCCCAGGGCUACAGAUGCUGGAGAGCAAUGUAAUGAUCUCCCCAGAGGUGCUGUGCAAGGAGGGGAUCAAGGUCCACAGGACUGUACAGCAGAGCGGGCAGUUCGUUGUCUGCUUUCCUGGAUCCUUUGUGUCCAAAGUGUGCUGUGGUUACAACGUCUCCGAGACUGUGCACUUUGCUACCACCCAGUGGACGAGCAUGGGCUUCGAGACUGCCAAGGAGAUGAAGCGCCGCCAUAUAGCUAAGCCAUUCUCCAUGGAGAAGUUGCUCUACCAGAUUGCACAAGCAGAAGCGAAAAAGGAAAAUGGCCCCACCCUCAGUACCAUCUCAGCCCUUCUGGACGAGCUCAGGGACACAGAGCUGCGACAGCGCAGGCAGCUGUUUGAGGCUGGCCUUCAUUCUUCCGCACGCUAUGGCAGCCAUGACGGCAGCAGCGCAGUGGCGGAUGGGAAGAAAAAGCCUCGAAAGUGGCUGCAGCUGGAGACUUCAGAGAGGAGGUGCCAGAUCUGCCAGCACUUGUGCUACCUGUCGAUGGUGGUACAGGAGAAUGAGAACGUCGUGUUCUGCCUGGAGUGUGCACUGCGCCAUGUGGAAAAACAGAAGUCUUGCCGUGGGCUGAAGCUGAUGUACCGCUACGAUGAGGAGCAGAUCAUCAGUUUGGUCAACCAGAUAUGUGGCAAAGUGUCUGGCAAACACGGUGGCAUUGAGAACUGUCUCAACAAACCCACACCAAAAAGAGGUCCCCGCAAGAGAGCGACUGUGGAUGUGCCGCCAUCUCGGCUCCCGUCCUCAUGAAGAUGCUGAACCCACGGUCCCUCACUUCUAUAUUUUUUGUAAUUACUAUAUUCUAGUUUGGAGUACUUGCUGUAGGAUACAAGCUGUCUUUGCACUAGCUCUAAAGAAGAAUUUCUUCUGGUUUUAGAGAACUGAUUUUGUUUUAGCAUUAAACUGUUGAAGUUUUGUACGUAGACACCUAGGUCCUGCAGUCAGGUUGGAAGCUGCGUGCACUCACUGUCUAAACCCUUGAGGGCUGGAUUGAUUUGUGUCGCCCCACGGCUGAGAAAAGCCUUUUUUGUUUGUUUUUGUUUUGUUUUGGUAACUGUUAAAGAAUAAAGGCUUUUUAACCCAUUUUUGAAGAGGGUGAAGUUUGGAGAACAAAUUUUAAAACCAUCAGUCAGAUGAGAUUUUUUCUAGUUUGGAAAAGGGAUAGAGGACUCACACACACACACACACACACACACAC